CCUCUGCUCAGCCCCAUGGAGAAGCUCCUGCACCUCACCUUGGUCUUCCUGUCAGCAUCCUGCGCUGCAGAGAACGUCACCGUGGUGGCCGCCAUGGAGGGGGACACCAUUUCUGUCAACUGCUCCUACGACCCGCGGCAGUGGUGGCGGGAGAAGAGCUGGUGCAGGCAGCUGGAGCAGAGGCGGUGCCAGCACGUGGUGGGCGCCCCGCCGGCGUGGCUGCCCUUCCCCGGGAGCAGGAGGGGCACCACUUCCAUCAGGGACGACGCCCGCGCCGGGCUCCUGACCGUCACCAUGAGGCGCCUCCGCAAGGAGGACGCGGGGCUCUACCAGUGCAGAACGGAUUUCCUGGGCCAAACAAAGAGCCUGAGGGUGGUGCAGGUGGAAGUGCUGGCAGCUGACCUGGUGACCCACGUGCCAGAGGAGCCCAGAGCUGUGCAGAGCAUCUCCAGGUCCUCUCCUGAUGUGGAUUUCACUGUUUUCUACAUCCUGGCUGGAUUCCUGGUGGCCAAGUUCAUGGUGGCUGUGCUGGUCGGGGCUGUUGCCCACAGCAGGAAGAAGAGGGAGAGAGGGCAGAACGCAGGCCUGGGUGAGCAGCAGGUGCUCCCCCUCCCUGCUGACCUUGGACAUGAUGGAAUUGGCCUCUCCUGGGAGAGCUCUGCAUGAGCCAAGCCAAAGGGAAUCCAUGGAAAAGGCAAAUGAGGGUUUGCCACCUGCCAUAAGCAAAGGAUCACUACUAAACACCGGUCUGGAAGAACUGGAGAGGGAACGUCCCCAUCUUCUUUGUCACCUCUUCCCCUUGGCACCUCAUCCCCAGGCAGUUAUUCCAGACAUCAUUCCCAGGACCAUUCCAUCACAGUCUGAACUGACACCCAUCAACUUCCUGUGACAGAUUCUGUCUUUCCAAGGUGAGGAAGAGCAGCUCUUCCAUGGGAAUGCUUGGAGAAAAUCCCUGUGGAAAUGCGUGAGGAACUGCAGGACACACCAGGAAAGGGAUGUGGUCUCUUUGCAUCUCUGAGCCAGCUUCUCCUCCUUGAAGGGACUUCGUGAGCACAGGAGCUGUCUCUGUUGCUCUCCCUGUGUUUUCUCUCCCGUGUGGUGGUUGUUCAUCCCUCCCCUCUCAGCUGCACUCAGCUCUCCCAGGCUCCAAACCCAUGGGCACUCACGUUUCUUUUUCCCUGCAAAACUAAAUAAAAUCCAGCUGAUUCUCUG